AGCAGCAAAAAUGGCAUUACUCCGCCCUCCUCUCGCUGCCGCCGUCGCAGCUCUCCUGCUGCUCGCGGCCUCUGCGGCUGCAGCAGUAGCUGCUGGCACCGUCUUCCCGGGAGACCCUCCCCUGCAGCUGCGAGCUCAGGCGGCGCGGCGGCCUGCGAGCUCCGGCGGCGGCAGGUAUGCUGUGUCGGCCGCCGCCGCCGCCGCGGCCGGGAGGAACGAGACGGCGGCGGCGGCGGCCAAGCCGUUCACGGCUCGCUACUUCCCGCAGGAGCUGGACCACUUCACCUUCACGCCCAACUCGUCGGCGCUCUUCUACCAGAAGUACCUCGUCAACGACACCUUCUGGCGGAGGAGCUCCGGCGCCGGCGGCGACACGGCCGGGCCGAUCUUCGUGUACACCGGCAACGAGGGCGACAUCGAGUGGUUCGCCACCAACACCGGCUUCAUGUUCGACAUCGCGCCCAGGUUCGGCGCCAUGCUCGUCUUCAUCGAGCACCGGUUCUACGGCGAGUCGAAGCCGUUCGGCAACGACUCGAACAGCUCCGCCGAGAAGCUGGGGUACCUGACGUCGACGCAGGCGCUCGCCGACUUCGCCGUCCUCAUCACCAGCCUCAAGCAGAACCUCUCCGCCGUCGCCGCCCCCGUCGUCGUCUUCGGUGGCUCCUAUGGCGGCAUGUUGGCUUCAUGGUUCAGGCUAAAGUAUCCUCAUGUCACCAUUGGCGCUGUCGCCUCCUCUGCGCCAAUCCUGCAGUUUGACUACAUAACUUCAUGGAGUAGUUUCUACGAUGCCGUCUCGCAAGAUUACAAGUCUGAAAGCCUCAAUUGCUUCAGUGUUAUCAAGGCAGCUUGGGAUUUGAUGGAUGAGAGGGGAUCCACUGAUGCAGGGCUCUUACAGCUCAGCAAAAUCUUCAGAGCCUGCAAGACCGUGAAAUCGGUUUACUCGUUCAGAAACUGGUUGUGGACAGCAUUUGUGUACACAGCCAUGGUGGACUAUCCAACCCCGGCCAAUUUCCUCAUGAAUCUGCCUGCCUACCCUGUCAAGGAGAUGUGCAAGAUCAUCGACGGCUUCCCGGCAGGAGCCGACAUUGUCGACAAAGCUUUCGCAGCGGCGAGCCUGUACUACAAUUACACAGGAGACCAGACAUGCUUCGAGCUAGAGGAUGGAGGAGACCCCCAUGGCCUCAGUGGCUGGGGGUGGCAGGCCUGCACAGAGAUGGUCAUGCCGAUGACGAUCUCAAACGAGAGCAUGUUCCCUCCAUUCACCUUCACUUAUGAGGGCAAAUCUGAUGACUGUUUCCAGAGUUACGGUGUUCGUCCGAGGCCACACUGGAUCACUACUGAAUAUGGUGGAAAUAAAAUUGACCUGGUGCUGAAGAGGUUUGGUAGCAACAUCAUCUUCUCCAAUGGAAUGCGAGACCCGUGGAGUCGAGGCGGAGUUCUCAAGAACAUAUCAUCUAGCAUCUUUGCCCUUGUCACAGAGAAAGGAGCUCAUCAUUUGGACUUUAGAUCAGCAACCAAAGAUGAUCCAGAUUGGGUUGUAGAACAACGACGACAAGAAGUUGAGAUCAUACAGGGAUGGAUAGAUCAGUACAAUAAGGACAUUGCACAGAUGUCAAAGUGAGAAGAUGCAGUUGCUGUGACAAACAAGGGAGACAAACAUGAGACUGUCUACACAGUAAUCAAAUGCCUUUUGGCUCCAUGCUAUACUGUGUGUGUAGGAAUUUUCUUUCCUGUGCAGGUUGUUAGACAAACAAAAUUUAACUUAAGAUAACAUACAGUCCAAACUCAAUAAGUUAAAUAACUCAGAAUCAGAAACUGUGACACCCAAACAUUCUUACACAAUCAUGAAUAAGUGUACCAUUCAUUGUCAGUGUUUACACAGACUAUAUAUGCGUGUGUGUGUGUGUGCAGGAAUUUUCUUUCCUGCAGGUUGUUAGACAAACAAAAUUUAACUUAAGAUAACAUACAGUGCAAACUCAAUAAGUUAAAUGACUCAGAAUAAGAAAUUGUGACACCCAAACAUUCUUACACAGUCAUGAAUA